GAACAAUACGAGUAUGGCUGAAGAGAGACAGUGGACAAUACUGGCCCAGCAUCUAUCACACCAUGUCAUCGCCAUGUUCAUCCAUGGCUUAUCAUCAUGACAGCAGACGAAUAUUUGUAGGCCAGGAUAAUGGAGCUAUCAUGGAGUUUCAUAUUUCAGAGGACUUUAAUAAGAUGAACUUUGUGAAGACCUAUCCAGCUCAUCAGAAUCGAGUGUCUGCUAUUACUUUCUGCCUGACAUCAGAAUGGGUUAUCAGCACGGGUCAUGACAAGUGUAUCAGCUGGAUGUGCACCAGGAGUGGGAGUAUGCUGGGGAGACAUUACUUCACCUCUUGGGCUUCAUGUCUACAAUAUGAUCAUGAAACUCAGCAUGCAUUUGUUGGUGAUUAUUCUGGACAGAUCACACUCCUGAAACUUGAGCCAAAUACAUGCUCGGUUAUCACAACACUCAAAGGGCAUGAAGGAAGUAUUACUUCCCUGUGGUGGGAUCCUGUUCAACGACUGCUCUUCUCAGGUGCCUCUGAUCACAGCAUUAUCAUGUGGGAUAUUGGUGGAAGGAAGGGACGAACACUGCUGCUCCAGGGACAUCAUGACAAGGUGCAGGCUAUCUGUUACAUCCAACUGACACGGCAGCUGGUAUCUUGUUCAGCUGAUGGGGGAAUUGCUGUUUGGAACAUGGAUAUCAGCCGAGAAGAGGCUCCUCAAUGGCUAGAAAGUGAUUCCUGUCAGAAGUGUGAACAACCUUUCUUCUGGAAUAUAAAGCAAAUGUGGGACACAAAGACAUUAGGGUUGAGACAGCAUCAUUGCAGAAAAUGUGGGCAAGCAGUGUGUGGCAAGUGCAGUACCAAACGGUCAAGUUACCCGAUCAUGGGAUUUGAGUUCCAGGUCCGUGUCUGUGAUUCCUGUUUUGAGUCAAUCAAGGAUGAAGACCGUACUUCCUUGGCAACCUUUCAUGAAGGAAAACACAACAUUUCACACAUGUCCAUGGACAUCUCUAGAGGGCUAAUGGUGACUUGUGGGAGUGACCGGAUUGUGAAGAUCUGGGACAUGACGCCAGUAGUUGGUUGCAGCCUUGCAACUGGCUUCUCUUCACGCUGAUCUCAUACCUGACAGGUUUAUGCACCUUAUGUACAGCAAUAUGCACCGAAUGAAUGGAAUCCUUCUUAAGAAUAUUACUGCAAACACUGGUUGCUUGAUUCGUCCCCUGCUGCUGUUCCAGGAUGGACAGUCACCUUUGUAGAGCACGGCUUUUCUGUUGGGCUCACCAGGAAUCUCCUUGGUGUGGAAGUGCAGUUUCACAGCCUCUUGGACUAACGUAAAAUGGCUUACCUGCAAUAUGACACCUUGAUGAAAGGACCUGUUGUUUCUUGGUUUACAUAUGUAGUGUUAACAAUGUGCUAUCUCUGCUGAUAUAUCUUGUACAGAUACCUUGUAGCUAAAACAUUAUCAGAGUAAAAUGAGUGUAGUAAAUUCAAUUUGUGCAAAUAGUAAAAUAACUUAUCCUCUCUUCCGAAAAGCAGUUCUAUAGAAAUACUUUUGAGCAGUCACUGUCUAAACUGCCUCCAAAAGGUAUGUUGGUUAUUCCUAUGGAAGGAGGAGAUACUUCAAAGUGGCAGGUAGCUUCUUUCAGAUGAGAUAGUAAGAGAACCUUUGAUCACACAAGAUUUCCUUUAUUGGCUUUCUUGUAGUGUUUGUGUUCAAGUUCCGUUAUUAGUGAAAUCACUUUUGUGGGACAGCUAUUCUGUUUAGGUAGCUGGUGAGUCUCAGAACAAUUCUAGGCUCUUUAAGUAGUGUUUUAGCAUAGCUAAUAAACUUCCGUAGUUCUUACGAAAACGUGCAGCCCAACUACUGUACUUUAAAGACAGGCCGUAAGUAUGAGCUAUGUACCUUGACAACUAUAAUGCUGUUAGAAUGGGAAGCUAAGCACAUCUGCUUUGGUAAAUGGUUAAGAAAAAAUGGCCAGCUAAAUUUUGGAGACUUUUUCCUGUGGAAAGGCUGAUGUUUAUACAAUGGUAGGGAACCUGUCUCUGCUAAAGUGAAGCAUAAAUUCAAAUACUGCCUUGGUGUUGCUUAAAACGGAUAAAUACUGAGCAAUAAUUACUGAAGUACAAAACAGCUGCUUUUUUCCCUGCACCUAGGUCUGUUAGUCCUGAGAUAUCUGUAUUGAUCCUUUCCUGUUUCAAAGCUGAGAAGUAUGAAGAAGAGCUGAGAGACUUUUAUGACUGUGCAGUUGGCAUGUGCAGGAAAUAACUAGUGAGAUAUUGUCAAUAAAUUGGUCUGUCAGUUGUGUGGAUCUCCUACAUUUGAACACUGUAAGGAGAACUUAUUUUGAAACUUUGAAAGCUAAGGCAGUAUGUCACAGUUUAAGCUUGGAGCUGUUUAGAUUUUUCUGAAAGCAAAUGCAUAUGUGUGAGGACAAAAAAUGUGGGUUGGUCAGCAAGCCCGGAAUAGGUGGUGUUGCACAGCUGUCAAAGGUAAUAGACUCUUUCUGGCAGAGGACUUAAGGGUUAGACUGUCUGUCUUUACAGCAACAAUCAAGUGGUGCUAUGAGUGUUAGUGAAUUCAAGUCCUAGGUGUGUAACUUGACACUAAUAAUCUGCAUUGGACCAUGUUGUAGGCUGAAAUAGAUGAAGAUCAUGGUGUCAUUAAUAUGUCAUGAUUCACUUGCAUUUUAAGCCAAAAAAGCUGAUAGUCUCAAAAGGGCAUUAGAAUCCAAAAUGUGUUAGUUACUGUUAUUUUGGAUCUGGCUUUGUCUGUCUUUCCAUGGGCCUCCUCUGGAUGUUUUGCAAAGAGUCUUUUAAUUUGCUAGGCUUACUGGGCCACUGAAGAAUAAACAAAUCCCUCUUUUGUGGGAAUCCCAAAACUUGUCUUGCCUUCAAUUUGGGAUUUAGCACUUGUCACACUGAUUUGAUUCAUCUCUUGCUACAUGCUGUAUAGCUUGUGGUUUUUUGUGAAGGUUUAUUUCUAAGCUAUUGAGAGAAAAUCAGCUUGUACCAGAAAAAAGUUGCAGCUUUCUGCUCUGAAGGCCUUCACCCUUGUAAAUUAGGAAUGAGUGGUUGAAGGGGUGAAUAAGCCCUGAUAAUGCUCUGCAUUCACUUUCAGACUUCUUCGUGUCUGACUCUGGAAGAGAAUGGAAGCCUUCUUCCUUGCAGCAUGUAAGGCAGAACAGGAGUUACAUUGCUAGAACUGUUUCAGAUCCUACUGUGGUAGGUAAGGAGGAUCUAGGGUCAUGAGUUAAGCUGGGAGAUUGAUGUAGAUGUGGGAUGAAUAGCAUAUUUUUCAAACCAGAUGCUCUGAAACUUACACCAAUGAUACUGAGGUGUAACUCCUUUGCAGCUAGCACUCCUGAGCUUCAGCUUUUUUUAGUUCUGAUUAGUCAAUGUGCCCCCUGCUGAGCAUGCAGCUCCCCCCCUUCCCUGUGAAUACUUCCUUUGCUCCUUUACAUUACGGUUUUGCCACUAGAUAAUAUAUUCUCUACUACAUAUUGUUAAACCUAAGGAAUCUAUUUUCUAUAAUGAUAUACUUAAAAGAUAGUGUUGGUUCAGAUAUAACAAGACAAUUAUGGCUGCUAAAUCAUUAGUCAUUUAAUUAUACUCUUGGUGUUGAAUGAGUAAUGCUUACAAACCACUAAAGAGAUAGUGUUUUUGUUUAUAAACAACUAUUUUGAAGGAGCAUACUCUCAUGAAACUGAACAUACUUCAACUAUGUCAGCUCAACUGUGCAAUUACUGAGAAGGCUCGAUUUGAAGCAUAACUAAUCUCGCUUGUAUAACCUCCUUCAUUAGGGCAGGGAAGGGGAGCAAAGGGUACUAAUAUGUGCUAAUUCUUUACUAGUUGUAUUUCUGUACCCUGCAUAGUUAAGAGAUGCUAGAUAAAUCUGUCCCUUGCUCCUUCCUGUCUGUUUUUUAAUCUUUGAUUACAUGUACAAUAAAAUAUUUCUUGAUUAUUCACUUAG